CUUUGGUCUCUCCGUUCCCGGAAUUCUCUGUACAUCUUGUGUGCGGUACUCUUGGUCGAAUCAUCUGUGUGUUCACGGGCUCAACGUCUUUUUGUGUGCCACUGGAGGGCAAUUUCUUGUCGCAAUGCGAAUAGUUUCUUGAAUGCCAGACAGAAUGGGUGACUUAGAUAAAUGCAUUAUCGAGGAGUACGCAAAAUGUCGAGCGUUCUACGAUAAGAGCCAUCCGAAUUUCAAAGAUAGAGUCCACACCGAAAAAGCAUGGAUGGAAAUCGCGGCCAAAUUGGGAUACAAUGCGAACCUCUUGAAGGAGCGAAUGUACCAAUUGAGGAAUCGAUACAACCUGGAGAAGCGCAAAUUGGAGACCAUGAGGCAGGAGGGCGAAGAACCUCGCUGCACCUGGGCCUUGUACAAUCUUAUGACAUUCUUGGAUGGUCACAUCCGCCCCAGGAAGUCCUACAAAGCCAUGAUGCGUCGCAAUCAACAGCGACAGCAGGGAAAUCAUAUGCCAAACAUAGCUCGACAGCACCAGCAAUUUAUAGAUUCCAUGGCGGGCAAUUCGGAGUGCAGUCUAUUUGAAUUGCAACGACAGCAGCAGGAGAACUACCAGAAGAUGGUCAACGAAGCACCGGCCGAAGUCAAAGCGGAAUACGUCUAUGACUCGUACGGUCCAAUCGUUGACGAAAUUGACGAGGAAGACGUUGCGAAUCAACAUUCGCCGAAUGGAGUGGAGAAUUUUAUAAAUCCCACCGUCGUACUAGGUGCGGACGAUUCAAAAGACGAUGCCGCUGAGAAUAGUGAACAGCAGAAGCACAGUGCCAAUGUAUCGGAAUUAUCGCAGCCACUAGCGAGUACCAGUCAUCCUGCCCCCUACAUCAAUGUACGCCAUGUGGAUGCGAUGAAACGCAAACAUAGCGAAAUAUCUGGCCAUCAUCAGGAACAAUUCUAUCUGCCGAAUCAAAUGCUGAACCGACAAAAUUUUGAGAGGCGCACAGAUAAAUUCAACGCCUUUGGCCAUUUUAUGGCGACAUCGUUGGCCGAGAUGCCAGAACAUCGGGCCUUGGAACUAGUGGCGAAGUUCACAAUUCAACUGGUGAAUGCACUUGGUGAGAAACACUGAGAUUUGCAUUCUCAGCAUCUUGUUUUCAUAUUCUGGCAGGUGAAAUUUAUAUGUAAAUGCCACCAAUGGGCCAUGCAGUAUUUACUUCGCAUCAACCUUAAUUUAGUAUCUGUAUUUUUUUUACAUUAUCCCCAUAUAUGUAUUUAGCGUUAGCCCAUGGAGAGAGUUAAUAAAUCCUGAAUUAUAUUCUUAACCUUU